AUGGACAGACGAACAAGGAUAGGAAUGAUCGGAGACGAAGAGACUCUGCUUGGAUUUCUGAUUGCUGGGAUAGAAAGCACAAAUGAAACUCCGAAUCUUGUAUAUGUCACACACGAUACAUCCGAGGAUGACUUGAGGAAGAACUUUCGAGCACUCACAAGCAGAGAAGAUCUUGCAAUGAUACUGAUAUGCGACUUUGUGGCCGAGAAAAUAGAAGAUGAUAUAAGUAGAUAUAAAGAAACGAUUCCUGCAAUACUUAUCAUUCCUUCAAAAUGUAAACGUUCAUAG